GCGCCGUCCGCGCAGUGCGUACGCGCAGGUUUGACAGCCAAGUUUGAGCGAACGCCGCUCGUGUGACGCCGACGCCGUCCGCUCUUCAAGAUGGUGCAUAUAAAGACAAUCGUGUUCGCAGCGCUGCUGGUGGCCGUGGCAGCCAAGCCGCGCCGGGCCCACUACAAGCGGGAAGCGCCGCUGAGCUCGUCGUACCUACCACCGUCGGGCGGCCGGCCCUCCAGUAGCUACGGAGCCCCCGCGCCCUCCUCCAGCUAUGGCGCCCCUCCGCCCUCCUCCAGCUAUGGCGCCCCGCCCUCGCCCAGCUACGGCGCCCCGGCGCCACGACCCUCCAGCACCUAUGGAGCCCCCGCACCUAGACCAUCGUCUAGCUACGGCGCUCCGGCCCCAAGGCCCUCUAGCAGCUAUGGUGCCCCGGCACCCCGGCCGUCAUCUAGCUACGGCGCCCCGGCCCCGAGGCCGUCCAGCAGUUACGGCGCCCCUCCGUCUUCCAGCUAUGGUGCUCCCGCUCCGAAACCCUCAAACAGCUACGGCGCCCCCGCCCCUUCUUCUAGCUACGGCGCCCCCGCCCCGAAGCCCUCCAGCAGCUACGGAGCACCCGCCCCGUCUUCAAGCUACGGCGCGCCCGCGCGGCCUCCAGCGACCAGCUACGGCGUCCCCACCGGUCCUUCUUUCAACGCUCCGGCUCCUAGACCUUCCAGCAGCUAUGGAGCUCCCGCACCUAAACCUUCCAGCAGCUACGGCGCUCCUGCCCCGUCGAGCUCCUACGGAGCCCCAUCUCCUCCUUCAAGCUCUUACGGCGUCCCGGCCCAGCCCGCCCCAGUCCCGUCCAGCUCCUACGGCGCGCCUUCAAGCUCUUACGGUGCUCCGGCCCCGUCAUCGACGUACGGCGCUCCCGGUGGCAGCAGCGGCGGCUUCAGUGGAAGCAGCAGCUUCGGCGGCAGCAGCGGUAGCUUCGGCGGCCAUGGAAGCAGUGGCGGAAGCGGAUUCGGCGGCAGCGGCUUCGGAGGCGGCAGCGGUUUUGGAAGCAGCGGACCUUCUUCAAGCUACGGUGCGCCCUCAGCACCUUCAUCAAGCUACGGUGCCCCAGCGCAGACCCCGUCCAGCAGCUACGGAGCUCCGAGCUCUGGCGGCUUCUCCGGUGGACAUUCCAGCGGUGGUUUCUCCUCCAGCGGCUCAAGCGGUUUCUCUUCUAGCGGCAGCGGCUACUCUUCGGGAGGUUCUGGUGGAUUCGGUGGUUCAUCAGGAGGCCACAGCUCAGGAGGCUAUAGCUCGGGAGGCUCCGGUGGCUUCGGUGGUGGAUCAGGUGGUUACUCCUCGGGCCCCGCCAGCGUACCUGACACCAUCCAGCAGAGCUACGACUCCAACGGUGGCUACUCGUAUUAAGCGGCGCGAAUGUGCGAAUCGUGCAUCAAUCAGUGCUGUGUGUGACGCUAGGCAGUCAAGUGUUACCUGAUAAUUAAAGUAGCGGCAAACUUGAAAAAACUUGCUAGGGAUAUAGUACAUACAAGUACAGUCAGCAGAUGAAAGCAGAUAAGGUGUUCAAAAUGUUCUUAUUGUCUUAAAAAACAAACAUAACAUAAAAUUUUGAACACCUCUACUGUUUGGCAGCUGUUAUAAUUUGUUGUCUGUAUGUUGCGACAAGAUUGCCGAUUGCUUUAGAAAAAAUCUUAUGACAUUAAUAUUAUAUACUUUAAUAUAUUAAAUACUUAACUUGACCAUAGAUAGCUAAUAGAAGUAUUAAGGCAGAAACCGAAACGAAUACUGGAAAUAUGGCUAGCAGAAUGACCAAAAUAUAUACGUACUAUUCUACUUCUAAUAUUAAUUUUGUAAAACGAGGGCAUUAAUAUUUGUGUGGGUGUCGUUGUUUUAUAGGAUGAAUAAAUGCUACCUAUAUGGUUUUAAUUGUCUUAGUCUAAAGUCCGAAAAUCAAAGUUCUUCCACUCAAAUGAAAAUGUCUAUUUAAUAAAGUAAUUUUAGUCAAGAUAUCGGACUUUAGGCUCAGGCGUCGCCUUUCCUCGGCCGUGUCGAGUCGGUCGGAGUCUCUUCUCGUUAUACUCACUGUGUAUGUAUCGUAGCAACGAAAAGUAUUAAUUAUUUAAUUUUAAUAAGAAAUUGUACAAAAUUUAGUUUAAGUACAAAAUAUUUUGUAAAAAUAAAGUUUUGUAAAUAA